AUGCCUGUUAUACACGGCCCAGCGCCCUCGUUCAUGUAUCAAUGCUUGCCUGUCGUAAUGCGAGUUUGGUCGUACAGUGCGAGAAGGUCUUCGAACCUUUUGUCGGUUUCAACCUACGUGAAAAAAAAGUUUAUGGUGGGAUCUAGAUCACAUUCAUGUGUUCGAUAUAAAGUCUUGGACAAGCAGGAAGACGGCACGCGUUGGCCUUCUAAAGAACUUGGAAAGCCCGAGAUGAGCAGCGAACUGAAACAGCGCAAGGUGCAUGCGGGCCAGGUGGCAACAGGUUCACAGGAACCUGUGGAAAAACAAAAGCAUCGCAGACAGAAGAAAGUCGCAUCGCGCGUGGAUAGAUAUUCAUGCAUGCUCUCGACAGCAUUCUUUGCACUUCUUUAUUUGGGGAGCAAGGUCAAGCCUGAGUUCACAAGCAAGUUCACUACUUUGCAAUACAAAUACGCCGACGUGGCCGACGCGUACGACAUCGGCAUUGACGAUGCGUACAUGGUGGUCACGUGCAUUGUGGCUUUGGUGAUGGUGCGUUCGUUUCUGCUGGAGUUCGUGUUGAAGCCCAUUGCUUUGCGCCGAUUCCAUAUCCAGUCGCGCAAAUCGCAGCAGCGUUACGCUGAGCAGGGCUGGUCGCUCGUCUACUACACUUUUUCGUGGGUGCUUGGAUUUUACCUAUACUGCCAGUCCCCUUACUUCCUAAACUGUGACCAUAUCUACUUGGGGUGGCCGCACGAUCGGCUUUCGUCAACCUUUAAGAUGUACUACUUGCUACAAAUUUCUUCCUGGCUACAGCAAAUUGUGGUACUCAACGUUGAGGAAAGACGUAAGGACUACUGGCAGAUGUUUGCCCACCAUAUCAUCACAUGCUUACUCACACUGGGCUCUUACUAUUACUACUUCACCCGUAUAGGGCAUGUCAUUUUGAUUAUGAUGGACAUUGUCGACGUUUUCCUCUCGAGCGCGAAAAUGCUCAAGUACUGCGGCUUCACGACCGCUUGCGACUACAUGUUUGCGGUAUUCCUCGUGUUUUGGGUUCUUUUGAGACAUAUUGCAUACAACUACAUCUUCUAUCACGCCGGCACUAAGGCUCCUGGGCUUAUGUCGCACGGCCAAUGCAUGGCGUCUGCUGUUCAGAAAAGAUGCUGGACGCCUCUCGUCAUCGACAUAUUCCUGUGGCUAUUGGGAGGUUUACAGGUCAUUACCAUCAUAUGGAUGGCUCUCAUUAUAAAAGUUCUCAUCAAGAUUCUAAAGGGUGGAAGCGCCGAGGAUGUUAGGAGUGAUGAAGACGACAGUGACUAA